CAAAUUCACAGUUACUACAGGUCUUCAUAUAAAAGUAUCUGUUUCCAGAAAGGUAAUUACGUUAUUAAGGCUAACAAGCAGCGCGCCAGUGGACAACAAUUGAAAGAGUCGCGCUCCAAGGAAAGCAGCAGGGGUGAAAAGGCAGUAUCAUCAGACGCGCCAGCGCAUGAGGAGAUGUCGUUACGAUCGUCCGACAUCGGUCUUGUGUCGUUUUCCGGCCUUAGUGAACCAUGCAGUGUUGGGUCGAUUGUAGAAGUCGUGAAAUCGAAGAAAGUUCAAAAAAACGAUUCAUAG